GGAGGCAGGGGGCGCCCCCAGCCAGGAUGCUGCGGUUCCUGCGCCGGACCUUUGGCCGCCGCUCCAUGCAGCGCUACGCGCGGGGCGCGGCAGGGCGCGGGGCCGCCGGGCUGGGGGACGAGCGCGACGGGGGGCCGCGGGGGGGCCCGGCCGCCGCCUCGACGCUGCCCGCCGCGCCCGGGGGCAGCGUGUUCCCCCCCGGUGGCGGGCCCCUGCUGACAGGCGGCGCGGCCGUGCACAUCUCUGCCGCCGGCUCAGCCAAGGCCACACUCUACUGCCGCGUCUUCCUGCUCGACGGGACCGAAGUGAGCGUGGACUUGCCGAAACAUGCCAAGGGCCAGGAUUUGUUUGAUCAGAUUGUCUAUCACUUGGACCUCGUGGAGACAGAUUACUUUGGCCUUCAGUUCCUCGACUCUGCCCAGGUUGCGCACUGGCUGGAUCAUUCCAAACCCAUAAAGAAGCAGAUGAAAAUUGGACCUGCUUAUGCUUUGCACUUUCGAGUUAAAUAUUAUUCUUCAGAACCGAACAACCUUCGUGAAGAGUUUACAAGGUACCUGUUUGUUUUACAACUCAGGCAUGACAUUCUUUCAGGAAAAUUGAAAUGCCCAUAUGAAACGGCUGUGGAAUUAGCUGCUCUCUGUCUGCAAGCGGAGCUUGGGGAGUGCGAGCUUCCAGAACACACACCAGAGCUUGUGUCUGAGUUUCGGUUCAUUCCAAAUCAGACAGAAGCGAUGGAGUUUGAUAUCUUCCAGAGAUGGAAAGAGUGCAGGGGAAAGAGCCCUGCCCAGGCGGAACUCUCCUAUCUGAAUAAAGCGAAGUGGCUGGAAAUGUAUGGGGUAGACAUGCACAUUGUCAGGGGAAGAGAUGGCUGUGAAUAUUCUCUUGGACUGACCCCGACAGGCAUAUUAAUCUUUGAAGGAGCUAACAAAAUAGGCUUAUUCUUUUGGCCUAAAAUUACCAAAAUGGAUUUUAAAAAGAGCAAAUUGACACUGGUGGUGGUAGAGGACGAUGAUCAGGGUCGGGAGCAAGAGCACACGUUUGUAUUCCGGUUGGACAGCGCCAGGACGUGCAAGCACCUUUGGAAAUGUGCUGUAGAGCAUCAUGCAUUCUUCAGGCUGCGGACGCCAGGGAACAGCAAAUCUAACCGAUCAGACUUUAUCAGGCUGGGGUCUCGCUUCAGAUUCAGUGGGCGGACAGAAUAUCAGGCUACACACGGCGUCAGGCUACGAAGAACCAGCACCUUUGAGAGGAAGCCUAGUAAACGCUAUCCAUCCCGGAGACAUUCAACGUUCAAAGCAAGCAACCCGGUGAUUGCAGCCCAGUUCUGCUCAAAACCAAAUCCUGAAGUCCAUAAUUACCAGCCUCAAUACCAUCCCAAUAUCCUCCCCAGCCAGCCUCGGAGGCACCCUCACUCUCCAAAUGUAAGGCCACCCUUUCAGGAUGACAGGCCCCAAUGGGAAGCACCGGCCAGUGGAGAUGACAGCUGUUUCGAUUAUGUCCACGACCAGAACCAGAAGAACUUAGGAGGAAUGCAAAGUAUGAUGUAUCGAGAUAAACUCAUGACUGCACUUUGAGAGACUGAAGCAUCUUACUUCCAUUCACCAUUAUAGUUUCAUUACAUUCCAUGAAAAGUGUCUUGGCAUCACAUGGUUGUGUUUGCAGAAGUGUCUUUAAGGAAGGUGUUUUUGGGGUCCAUGUAAAUGUUUCAAAAGAACCACAGUAGCUUGUCAUAAUUGACCGUUGACUGCAUUUUUAACAAAAUGAAGGUAGUUAAAGGCUCAGGAAUCAUUUUAAUAUUCUGAUUUUUAAAUAUGGAGUAAAAGUCUAUGUUUAUUGUAUUGCUAUGUACCUGACAUUUCUUUCUUAUUUAAUAAGUGCGGCCAAAUAAAACCAGAGAACUUGGGAAGAUAGCUCUGCAUAGAGUACUGUGGCAUACUGUGGUUGGGGAAUUGAGAUUGCUAGAGUACAUUAUCUGUCACUGUGCAAUCUUGGACAUGCUAGUUCCCCUUUGCUGGCCUCAUUUUCCCCAUCUGAGUGGGUUGGACUAAAUGGUCACCAAAGUUCUUUCCAACUCUAAAAUUCUGUGAUUUAUUAAAAUUUAAUAUUUUUAAGCUGAGGAUAUACAUUCAACCUAAAUUUCUCAUAGGAAAACUGCACAAUCCCCUUCUCUAACAGAGUUAUCCCUUUCAGAAGCUAAAUAUAAUAUAUAAUUUGUUAGAUGUUAUAUAAAUACAGGGAGACUUUGAAUUUCAUAUCAUAUAGCAAUUUAGCCACUUUGAGUUUUAGUGAUUUUACUAAUCAAAAAAUGUAUAGAAUCCCUUUUGAUAGACUUUGCUGCUCAAGUACAAGAAUAAUUUUUAAAUUAUUGAUUGGUGCUGCUAACUUGUGUGAUUUCAGAAGACAUACUUACAACAAACGCACACAGUCAGAAUUUAUAGCAUUUAAGGGUUGGGUUUUUACCCUAGACUUCACUCUUGUGAAAAGCAACAUUCAAUCCAGGUACUUAUAUGGCUCAAAUUAAAGUGCAUAAGAUUUUAAUGAAGUUGGGCCAAAGCAUUCUGUAGACUGGGUUAGGAUGGGUAUUGCACAGUCUUUUUGUAGAAUAUUGUCUUUUCAGGUAGAAUGCGUACCAAAAUAUUUAUUCCCCGCCCCCCAUUUCAAGACAUGAGUCCACUAUUUUUUCUCUUAAUACAUAGGCCUGAAUCAUUUUUUCAUUAGUCUUUUUUGUGAAAUCAAUUCUUGUGCCAUUUAUAUAUAUAUGUGUAAAUUGGCCCAUUUUAAGCCUUUAAAAAAAAUGUAUUGACAUCCCUUGAGAUUAUUGCUAAAAUUUUAUCUUUUUUUGGCUACCACAAAAAUCUAUCCAGAGGAGGGAGUCAGCUGCACACCCUACACGGUGGAGUCGAUCACCUAUAAACUCUCCCUAAGGUAUUUGUUUACAGGUAUAUUCCACUUGAGCAGAUGCGUAUCCUCAGUGUAUGUCUUGCAUACAAAUAAAUGUGUUCUGAAUCUUUUAAUCUUAUUGAUACUUUUUACAAAUGUGUUUCCAAAGAAUAAAGAUUAUUCUUGCUUU